CGCUCUCCCCUCCUGCCUGCUCGGUGGCUCUGCGGUGGAUCCGUUCGGUCUGUUCCCCGGUGUGUCUUCUCCGUUCCCUGGUAUAGCGUCUCUCUGCGCCGUUUCACCGCCAGCUACCGGGCGGAAACCUACACCGACGCGUCUCCCGGAUAAACAGUCCCGUCAGGAAACAUGUCCACCGCGCUGGAGAGCUACAUCAACCGUACAGUGGCCAUCGUCACUUCAGACGGGAGAAUGAUUGUGGGCACUCUGAAGGGUUUCGAUCAAACCAUCAACCUGAUCUUGGACGAGAGCCACGAGCGGGUGUUCAGCUCCAGUCAGGGGGUGGAGCAGGUGGUGCUGGGGCUCUACAUCGUCAGAGGAGACAACGUGGCUGUUAUCGGAGAGAUCGACGAGGAGACGGACUCCAACCUGGAUUUAGGAAACAUCCGAGCCGAGCCGCUCAACUCUGUGGCCCACUGACCCCCCCACACACAGACACACACACACUCUCUGUCGCCAUGGCAACAGAUGAGCGCACGACUCGCCCGAGUGUUCCGGGAGCCGUUUCACCGACGCAGGUUUUCAGAGUUUAGCGGAUCAGAAUCUGAUGUUGAAAACUCGGCGAACCUUCGGACGCCGACGGACUCCCGCUGAUAUGUUUCUGUUUGUAUUUUUUUAUAAAUAAAGAGCGCUAGCGUUGUUAGAUUAACUUUUUUAUGCUUGGAGUCGGUGUUUGUCGUUGAGAUUUGUUUAAAUAAAGUUGAAUGUCUCAUAUUG